UAAUGUAGUAUGGUGUAGUGUAAUGUAGUAUGGUGUAGUGUAAUGUAGUAUGGUGUAGUAUGGUGUAGUGCGCUGCGGUCCGGUCCGCUACAUGUGCGAUACACUGUAACAGUCGGUUUCGUGCGGAUUUGAAUGAAGCCACGACCCAAAGUCAGCGAUGAAUUUGUGCGAAAACUGAAAUAAAUCACCGGAUAUUUGGUGUGAAGGAUCAGACCUGCACUCGUGUCUGAAGACUGAGUGACAUGCCAGAGAAUUCUCAUCACGAUCCCCAUCAUCAGGUCUCAAUGGGUGAAGAAUCUCCUCGCUUGUCCACGGACUCCUCCCUGAGUGGCCAUGAUCCUGUCCUGGCUGACUCCUGCUCGCUGUCCACCGAACACUCUGAUAAUGAGCGGCCAGUGAGCACCGUGUCCACCGUCUCAUCAGGCUCCUCUGGAGAGGGCCAGAGCGGCCUGUUCAGUGCGUCCCAGUGUCCCCAGUCCCUGCCCUCCCUAUCCACAGAAACUGACAUCGACUUGGAGCUCAGUCCUCCUGAGGAGCCUGAAACUCAACUGAGGCCUGAAAGCAAGCGACCAAGGCAGGACCCUGCUGCAGGCCAGUUCAACAACAACGCAAGCCCUGUUGGAGUCGUUACACUACCACCAAGACUGGACGGACCUUCGCCUGUCGCCACUGUAGCGAUGGCGCCUAAUUCUCAACUAACCUAUGUGGAUCGAGUGGUCAUGGAGAUUAUAGAGACAGAAAGGAUGUACGUAAGGGACUUGUGCAGUAUUGUGGAGGACUAUCUGGCCUACAUUAUAGACACCAGCAGUUUGCCCAUUAAGCCUGAGCAAGUGUGUUCACUGUUUGGAAACAUCGAAGUCAUCUAUGAGUUCAACAGCGAGUUACUGCAGUCUCUGGAAAUGUGUGACAGUGACCCGGUGGCCAUCGCAUAUUGCUUUGUGGAAAAGAGUGACUAUUUCGACAUCUACACCCAGUACUGCACAAACUAUCCCAACUCUGUAGCCGCACUAACGGAAUGCAUGAGGAACAAGACACUGGCUAAGUUCUUUCGGGAUCGCCAGGCGACUCUUCAGCAUUCCCUCCCUUUAGGUGCCUACCUGCUGAAGCCUGUGCAGAGGAUUUUAAAAUAUCACCUCCUGUUACAGGAAAUCGCCAAACAUUUUGACCCCGAGGUGGAGGGCUAUGAUGUAGUGGAAGAGGCCAUAGUCACCAUGACAGGAGUGGCCUGGUACAUCAACGACAUGAAGAGGAAGCAUGAGCAUGCUGUGAGACUGCAGGAGAUCCAGUCCCUGCUCAUUAACUGGAAAGGACCCGACCUCACUACAUACGGCGAGCUCGUCCUCGAGGGAACCUUCCACGUCCACCGUGCAAAGAGCGAGAGAACGUUUUUUCUCCUUGACAAAAUCCUCCUCAUCACCAAGAAGAGAGGAGAGCAUUACUUCUACAAGACCCAUAUAAUGUGUUCCACUUUAAUGUUGAUUGAAAGUGCCAAAGACUCUCUUCGCUUCAGCGUGACACACUACAAGCAUCCUAAACAACCUCACACAGUAAAGGCCAAAACGGAGGAGGAGAAAAAGCUCUGGGCUCAUAACAUAAAGCGUCUGAUUCUGGAGAACCAUCACGCCAUCAUCCCACAGAGAGCCAAAGAUGCCAUUUUGGACAUGCAGUCUGCCUGUCCAGUGAAGUAUCGCUACAGUCCUGAAAGACAGAACAAGGGUGAAGACCUUCUUAAAGAACGAAGGCGAUCAGAGCCGUUUAACAGAGUUAAACAGAACAUGAGAACCACAAAAGAAACUCUUAAGCAUGCUGACAGCAUGGAUACUCUGCUGACGGACUGUAGCCAGAAUGAGCUGCCGGCUACAGCUAGCGCGUCCAACUUGAGUUCCAGCAUGGACGAAGCUGAGACGGAGCGGCCCGCCGCUGAGGAGAACACGAGCGGAUGGCUCUCCCUGGACUGGCUGAGCACGAACAGCCUUGAAAACUGUCGACUAGAACUGCCAUUCCAUAGAGCGAAAGAGGAGAAGAAGGAGGAGGUGCUCGAGAACGCGCAGAGGCAGAGUGGAGAAGAUGAAGAUGAUGAGAUUGUGGUGAAAGAUGAGCAGGUAGCUGACUUUGCCACCUCAGUGUUGGCCGCCAUCUCCUGCUGGCGCUAUAAGGCCAGGGCUUUGCUUUUCACACGGGUCCCAACGAGUAGAGAAGGGGAGCAGACUGUGGAGGAGGACGAAUUGGUGAAACCUAAGAGAAGCCGACCCCCUUCUGAAGACCAGGGAAAGGAUGUGUGCGAAGAGGACUGUUCUGAGGAUCAAUGUUCACAGGCCAUUUCCCUGCCUGGAGAAAAAGAUGAAGAAGAAAAACAUCACCAGUCAUACUUUAACACUGAGGACGGUGGCGUAAAGGAUGAAGAAAUGGUGGAAUGUAGUGCAGAGUCACUGUCCACAGUCCACCAUGAAAUCCAAUUAGAGGACGAGAGCCCUCAAUCCAGAACAAAAAUUUCAGAGGACCUGGGGGAGGAGGAAGAAGAGGAGGAGGAGGACGAAGAGGAAGAAAUGUCAUCAGGAACUGAACCCAGAAGCAUCUUGCCAACAUCUGUACUAGACAAGGCCAGCGUUAUUGCUGAACACUUUGCAGGCAGUCUCUCUCGGCAAAGCAGCCUGGCAGCCGAUGACAUGUUCUCUCUAGGUUGCUCCUCAUCUCAGACGGGUAGUAGGAGAAGUAGCGUCUUCAGUCUCAGCGCUGAGCUGCUGGACAAAGAGAAGGCUCAAGAGCUGAAAUGUUCCUCCCCUGUAAUUGAAUCUAUAGCCUCAGCCACUCUUGGAGACAAGCUGGUUACACCAGUCCAAAGACCACAGACAAAACCAGAUACUCUGUCCAAAAAGGACAGGAUACUUAUACAUAAGAUUAAGCAAUACUAUGAGCACGCUGAGCAACAGGAUGUUAAUUUCAGCAUCAAACGCAGAGAAAGCCUCUCGUACAUUCCACCGGGACUAGUCCGCAAUCUCAGCCAACAGCUCAAUGGCUUUCCCACUGAAGAAGAUGCAGAAAGUCACAAGAAGGCUUCAAAAAUCACAAGGCCAACAUCUUGGGCAGUUUUUGAUCUACCAGGUCUGGAGAAAGAGACUGCAUCCAAGGAGGUCAUGGACACAGAGAUUCUGCCAAUUAUAGACAGAAAGGAAUCUACAGAUGGGUCUCAGGUAGUUGCUCAGGCACUUGAUACAGAGGAGGAUUUCCGAUCAACCUCGGAGAUGAUCAGGGUUUGGCAAGACAUGGAGGAUGAAAUCAGCGAAGCCUUUGAGGAGCCUCAAGAUGAUUCUAAAGCGCACAUGAAUGGCUCAGUUGCCAGCUUUACCCAGGAUCAAAAGGGGGAGGAGAGUUCUUAUAGUGCAUUUGUUGGUGAACCCCUACUAAUAUUGGAAGAAUGUGACAGCAGCGUGCCUGGACAGGGGACCUCAACGUCUUCACCACUUAACAACUUCCAUGGAAAAGAGGAUACAAUGGGUAGGAGUUUAUUCAGUGAUCAGAAGCUCCAAGAGACACAAAAGAUCAGACAUGCUCCUCCACCCAAGAUCUCUGUGAGGUCAUGCUCAGAAGAAGACCAAGAUAUGCUACAAGAUAUGGAGAAAAUGAAGAACAAGGUAUUCCUUCUGGCUAGGCAAUAUAGCCAGCGUAUUAAGAACAACAGGCCUGUAGUGAGGCCGGGAGCAAAAGCAUCACAGAGCAACUUUAGUCACAAGAAGCUGUUGUCUGUUGUGGAAGACAAAUAUCCAGAAAAUGAGAUGGGUAUGCAAAGCCCAUCAUCAUCCCAUGGUUCAUGUGAGUACACCGACUCCAGUUCAUCACAGAGCCCCUGCUCCCUGGGCAGUCCUCAGCUGCAGUCCACAAUCAGAGCGCCUGCUCUGGAAGAACAAAGUCCAGUCCACACGGAGAGCUUCAACUGGCCGGAUGUAAGGGAGCUGCGUUCCAAAUACUCCCGCCCGAAUUCUCAGUUAGUCACAAUUAAUCGCAGUUGCUCCGUCCCAGACCGAAUACUUGAGGUUGGACGAAAUAAUCCCUCAACCCGACGAAUCUGCUCCUGUUCUAGCCCAGUUUGUGACAGUACAGACUCCUACACACCACCACCUACAGACACUGCCACUGCCCAGUCCAUGGACAAGGGACCUGCAGAACAGGAUGUGCUUAAACUGUCCAAAAGCAGUUCUUUGGACCACUCGAUUUAUUUGAAACAGCAAACGAACCUUACAGACGUCCCGAAGAACUACUAUAUAUCUGGCCAGGCCACGCUCCCCAAUGACAACAAGAUCAUAAUAGUGGAAAGGAUUAGUAAGACAGAAGGUCAAGGUCAGGCUGCAGGUGAAGAGAAGAAACAGGAGCUCUGUGGAGACCAACUAAAGUGUCUGGACAGUGGUGAAACCUGCAUACCGAGGUCGUUUGAAAAAACUGAGAGCGGCCAACAAGGUUUAGUCAAAAACCUGCGGGAGAAGUUCCAAAACCUUAGUUCUUACACGUGACUGUUCUUGUAAGCUGCUUUUAGACUUUUCCGCUAUUGUACAUUACUGCACAAAAAGGCCCAGUGUUUUUCUACCAAGCUAUCCAAGCAUAAAGUCUUAAGGGGAGUCUAAAUACGACCACCCAAUGUGUUCAUUAUGUAGAUUGUAUGUUGUAAAGAAUGGCAUGCUCAGGCCUUUAAUCGAACACAUUUAUAUGAUAAUGCUGUAUUAAAAUUGUUUUAAAUGGCAAAAGGACAUUUCUAAACUCAGACCUCACCUGAAAUAUUUAUGACAUUUUAUUGUGUAUAUGAGUUUAUAUUUGUACAAAAGCUUUUGGUUACUGCCUAUGUAACAUGACACUGGUAAGCUUACUCAGGAUAAAUGUACCUCUGAUAUCCUAGUUAAAGAUCUGUAUCAUUACUAUCAUUUUCUUUUUUUUUUCCUUUUUUUUUCCUUAUCUACCCUAUGUCUCUGUUCUCGGAAGUGUUCCGUAUCUGUACAUACACAGCAAUCAAUCAUGUAACUGGGACUAUGGCCAAUUAUGUGGCCUAUGGGUAUGGAUAGCUCAUAAUAUUGGGCAAUUGCCCUAGAAUUUAGCAUGUAUGUGUGUAUAUUUUCAUAAAGCUGUCACUUCGCAAUAGCAAUAAGUCAGGGUAAAGAGUCGGUUCCAAUUAAACAUUUGUGGAUGGAAGUAGUGGUGGAUGCAUUUUGAUCCCACACAUGCAUUUGUUUUAUUUGUUGUUGUUUUUUUUCAAAACAUUCCUGUGAUAAAAUCUACUGUAAUAUAAUUUGUGUAUAAUCUCCAUAGUUUAUUAUUUUUUUUAUUGCAUACUGUCUACUGUAAAUAGGCAGUUUUCAUUUUAUGGCAAUUUUACAAUUAUUACAUGGGCAUUAGAAAAUGCAACGUAAAAAGAUCACACUCAUUUUGAACAAGGAUUAUUAGAUGAAUGAACAUUUCAAUAUGCUUAAAUAAAUAGAUGUGCAUGUAAGAAAAUGUGCAAUAAUA